CAAACAGUCGUCAGUGAGGUUGUAGUAUUCCUUUGGGAAGUUUGAGUGGGAUUCCAGAAAUGUUACAAGUUCGUUAUUCAUAAGGCUUUUAUUAUAUCCGGUAGUGCCGGAAAAUUGAUUUAUUAACUAAUUAGUUCAUUAUAAAUUAAUUAUUAAUCGCUUUUCUCUUUUGAUUACAUGAUUACAUAACAUAUUUUAAGUUUUGUGUAAAAAUUAAGAGAAAUAUGUCAGAAAAUACGACUCUUAUCUUCUUUGUCAAUGGUCGGAAGAUUGAAGAUAACAAUAUUGAUCCUGAAUGGACUUUACUCUAUUAUCUGAGGAAGAAGUUGCGUUUAACUGGCACAAAAUUAGGUUGUGCAGAAGGUGGUUGUGGUGCAUGCACUGUUAUGAUUUCUAGAUAUGAUUGGAAGAAUGAAAAAAUUGUUCACUAUGCUGUUAAUGCUUGCCUGUUGCCUGUUUGCGCUCUUCAUGGUACAGCUGUCACCACAGUUGAAGGAAUUGGAAGUGUCGAGACUAAAUUACAUCCUGUACAGGAAAGAAUCGCCAAGUCACAUGGCUCUCAAUGUGGCUUUUGUACCCCUGGUUUUGUUAUGUCUAUGUAUACACUUCUUCGGUUUUCCUCUGGCAGACCAUCGUUGAAAGAUAUUGAAAUCGCAUUUCAAGGUAAUCUCUGCAGAUGUACUGGUUAUAGACCUAUACUUGAUGGUUAUAAAACAUUUGUGGAUGAUAAAAUUGAAUCAAAUUAUUCUUGCCCGAUGGGGAAUGAUUGUUGUCAAAACAGAAAUAAAAUACCAACAACCAACUCUAUUUGUUCUGAAUCCAUUAAAAAUGGUAUUGAUAACAAUUUAAUUGAAAAAUCCAAUUUUCUCUUCAAUUCUGAAGAGUUUCAACCGUAUGAUAGUUCUCAAGAAUUGAUAUUUCCUCCAGAGCUUGCUAUUUCAGAUAAGCUGGAUAGACAAUCGCUAGUCAUGAAGGGACCUAGGGUGACUUGUUUCAGACCAGUUGAUCUUCACGAAGUGAUUACAUUAAAGAAUAAGUUUCCUGGAGCAAAAAUAAUCAAUGGAAAUACUGAAGUAGGUGUUGAAGUGAAAUUUAAAAACAGUCUUUAUCCAUUUCUUAUAAUUGUCAAUAUGGUUCCCGAAUUGUCUGCUAUGAGUGUUGAAGAAGAUGGUGUAAAAAUUGGAGCUGCUGCUACAUUAACUGAUGUGGAGACGUUUCUUAAAGAACAAAUCAAGUUAAGAGAAAGUUCGGUCUGUAAAAUAUAUGAAUCUAUUGUUGAAAUUCUGCAAUGGUUUGCGGGUAAACAAAUACGCAAUGUUGCGGCCAUUGGAGGAAAUAUUAUGACUGGGAGCCCUAUAUCUGAUUUAAAUCAAAUUCUGAUGGCUUGUGGAGCUAAACUAGAACUCAGGAAUUUGGAUGGUUCUCGUGAAGUUGUUAUGGAUGAGGGGUUUUGGACUGGGUAUAGGAAAAACAUCGUGAAAGAAAAUGAAAUUCUGUGCUCUAUAACAAUACCUUUCUCUCAUAAGAAUCAGUACUUCAAGUCUUAUAAACAGGCUAGGAGAAGAGAAGAUGAUAUUGCUAUCGUUAAUGCUGCAUUCUGGUUAGAUCUUGAAGGCAUUGAGAUAAAAAAAAUAAAAAUGGCAUUUGGAGGAAUGGCUCCUACAACAGUAUUGGCCUGUAAAACAGCAUCCAAAUUAAUUGGGAAGAACUGGGAUGACAUUAUGUUAGAAGAAGCAUUAAUGAGUUUGAUGGAUGAACUUACUUUAGCUCCUUCAGCGCCUGGGGGAAUGGUUUUGUAUCGACGAUCUCUUGUUUUGAGUUUCUUCUUCAAGUUUUAUUUACAUGUCUGCUUGGAACUAGAAAAACUUGGACUUAUUAGGCCUUCCGAAAAAUCUUGCAGAAGUGCAAUUGAUCAAUUCCAUUCUCUGAUACCAUCCAGUUCACAAUAUAUAUCUAAAGACUCACCAUCCGAAGGAGAACAUGAUACUAUUGGUUUACCUGUCGUACAUAAAUCAGCUUUCAAACAUGCAACAGGUGAAGCCUUGUAUUGUGAUGAUUUACCAAGUUUUGAAAAUGAAGUUUACUUAAGCCUUGUUACAAGUACUAGAACCCAUGCGAAAAUUAAGAAAAUCGAUCCUUCUGAAGCUUUGAAAUUGAACGGUGUUGUGGGGUUUGUUUCAGCUAAAGACAUUCUUCAAGAAAGGAACAAUUUCGGACCUAUUGUACAUGAUGAAGAGAUUAUGGCUUCUGAGAAGGUGCUAUGCCAUGGCCAAAUCAUUGGAAGUAUAGCAGCGGUCGAUCAACUAAUAGCUCAACGAGCAGUUAACCUUAUAAAAGUUGAAUAUGAAGAUUUGCAGCCCGUUAUAAUUACAACUCAGGAUGCUAUAAAACACAAAUCAUUCUAUCCCAAUUCUCCUUUCAAAGUAAAAAGUGGUGAUAUAGAAGAAGGUUUUGGAAAAUCAUAUAAAAUAAUUGAGGGUGAAUUGACCAUCGGUGGACAGGAACAUUUUUACUUAGAAACGCAUUGUUGUGUUGCCAUUCCUAAAUCUGAAGAUAGUGAAAUGGAGAUUUAUACAUCAUCCCAACACCCGACUGAAAUUCAGAACUUAGUAGCGCUUGCCCUUGGGAUUCCUUUCAAUAGAAUAGUAUGCAAAGUUAAGAGAAUGGGAGGAGGCUUUGGUGGAAAGGAGUCUCGUUCUGCUUACCUUGCUUUGUGCACUGCUGUGGCUGCUUAUAAAUUAAAAAGACCUGUACGAGCUAUGCUUGAUAGGAAAGAAGACAUGGUAAUAACUGGUCAUCGACAUCCUUUCUACGGAAAAUAUAAAGCUGGAUUUGACAAAGACGGCAAGAUCAAAGCUUGUGAAAUAUCUCUAUAUUGCAAUGCUGGUUGUUCAACUGAUCUUUCUGAUGCUGUGAUGGAAAGAGCAAUGUUUCAUGUUCAAAACACCAUGCACAUUGAAAACUUAGAAAUUUCUGGCUAUGUAUGCAGGACUAAUUUACCAUCAAACACUGCUUUUCGAGGGUUUGGUGCACCUCAAGCGAUGCUGUUAGGAGAAACUAUUGUUUUUCAUAUUGCUGAAAUAUUAGAGAUCGAUCCAGAUUUGGUGCAUUUUAGAAACUUUUAUAAAGAAGGAGAUUAUACUCAAUUCAAGCAGAAAAUAGUGAACUGUACUAUUGAGCGUUGCUGGAACGAAUGUAAAAUAAGUUCCAAUUAUGAUGAAAGAAAAACCAGAGUCAGUCAAUUUAACAGAGAGAAUCGUUUCCGCAAGCGUGGAAUUGCCCUCAUACCAACAAUGUUCGGUAUAGGAUUUUCUACUCCUUUCCUUGGCCAAGCUAGUGCUUUGGUACUGAUAUACGUUGAUGGUUCUGUACUCCUGAGCCACGGCGGCACCGAAAUGGGCCAAGGGCUACAUACAAAGAUGAUUCAGGUUGCGAGUCGAGCUUUAGGAAUUUCUACCGAUUACAUACACAUAUCUGAAACAUCAACUGAUAAAGUUCAUAACACUUCGGCUACAGCAGCUAGUGCAUCGUCUGACCUCAAUGGCAUGGCUAUUAUUAAUGCCUGUGAUCAAAUAAAUGAAAGAUUGAAACCAUUAAAAAAAGCUAAGCCUGAUAUUUCAUGGACAGAAUUGAUUAAAGAAGCAUAUUUCCAAAGAAUUUCAUUGGCUGCCACAGGUUUUUACAAAUUUGCAGAUACCGGUGAUCCUACUGCAGAAGCAAGCCAUACUUUUUAUUACUAUACUUAUGGAGUUGCUUGUUCAGAAGUAGAAAUUGAUUGUCUGACAGGAGAUCAUCAGGUGCUUCGAACCGAUAUUGUGAUGGAUGUCGGACAAAGCCUGAAUCCUGCAGUAGAUGUUGGACAGAUAGAAGGUGCCUUCGUUCAAGGAUACGGACUCUUCACUCUGGAAGAGUUGGUAUAUUCUCCUGAAGGCAUGCUAUAUUCGACAGGACCUGGUACAUACAAGAUACCUACUUUAUCUGAUAUCCCUGCACAAUUCAACGUAUCUCUUUUGAAAGGAUCUUCAAAUCCAAGAGCUGUUUAUUCUUCUAAGGCUAUAGGAGAACCACCUCUUUUCCUCGCUGCCUCUGUAUUCUUCGCUAUAAGAAAUGCAGUGAAAGCUGCUAGAAAGGAUAAUAAUAUCGAAGGGUGGUUUACUUUUGACUCCCCAGCGACUUCUGCCAGAAUCAGAGAAGCUUGUGUUGAUAAAAUUAUUGAGAAGUUGAACAAAGAACCUGCCUCAUCUAAAGCUUGGAAUGUUAUAGUUUAAUGCAUAACGAAGAUUUAUUAAUUCAUAUUUUAUUGUAAAGAAAAUUUUUUAUUUUAUUUCAAAAUAAGAGCCUUUAUGUUAGGUACUUUAAGGCUGUUGUAUAAUUUUUUUUAUAUUGUGAGUUUUAAGACAAUAAAGUUUGCAUUUUGUUACUUGAUGUUAAACACUACUUUUUCCCAAAUUUUUUUUUCUACCAUCAAUUACAAUAAUAAAGAAU